GUGGACAGUACAAGCACCAGCGUUAGCCGCGUGUUUGGAAUUCACUGCGAGGCUUUGUUGGACCGUUAGUCGAAGCGCCGUUAAUUAUUUCCUUUGUAGUUCAGCAACAAUGUCUACAGUUGAGUGUUUGAGAGAGUUUGUCAACGAGCGACUAACUGCUGCUGCUGAAGAAAUAUUCCGAGUUUUGAACAAAACUAUCGUCGAGUACGAGGAAGAGAUCGAUCGUCAGCGCAGACUGCUGGAUAUCGUUUGGAAACCCGAAGUAAAGUUACACAGGAUAGAGCUCCCACAGCAACAUGUCUGGAAGGAGGAGGAGGUUCUGGCUGACCAGCAGCUCUGUAUUCAGGAGAGGAACUCCAGUCUGGACCAAGAGGACCCAGAGCCUCCACAGAUUAAAGAGGAACAGGAGGAACUCUGUACCAGUCAGGAGGGAGAGCAGCUUGUACUGAAGCAGGAGACUGAUACCUUUAUGUUGACUCCUACUUAUGAGGAAAGAGACCACAGUGAAGCAGAACUGAAAAGUGACCACCAGCUCCUCUCUCACAGCUGUCAUGUAGCUGAGAGCCAAGAUCAGAAAGGAGGCGAGCAUGAAGACUCAGGAUCAACUAGAGAUGCAGAGCCAGAACAAAAGAAUCAAGAUCACAAAAGCAGAAGCCACAGAAACAAUGUAAACAACUCUACCAUGUCAGAGGGUCACCAUAAUCCUCACACAGGUGAAAACUCUUUCAAAUGUGACACAUGUGGAAAAGAUUUUAGAGAUAGGUCAAAAUUGAACAGACACAUGAAAAGUCACACAGAUGAGAAGCCAUAUUCUUGCAGCAGCUGUGGAAAAAGAUCCAGAAACAGAUCAGAUUUGAAUGUUCAUAUGAGAAUCCACACAGAUGAGAAACCAUUUUCUUGCAAAACAUGUGGGAAAGACUUCAGAACUAGCAGUCACUUGAAAGUCCACAUUAGAACCCACACAGGGGAGAAGCCAUAUUCUUGCAAAACAUGUGGAAAAUCUUUCAGACGGAUGAAUCACUUGACAUACCACAUAAGAAUCCACACAGAUGAGAAGCCAUAUUCUUGCACCAGCUGUGGGAAGAGAUUCAGUACCUCAUCAGAUUUGAAUGUUCAUGUAAGAAUCCACACAGGUGAGAAACCAUUUACUUGCAAAACAUGUGGAAAAGAUUUCAGAACUAGCAGUCAUUUGAACAUCCACAUGCGAUAUCAUACAGGCGAGAAGCCGUACCUUUGCAAGACAUGUGGGAAAUGUUUCCAUGUAAUGACAAAAUUGAAAGUCCACAUGAGAACCCACACAGGUGAGAAGCCGUACCUUUGCAAAAUCUGUGGGAAAAGAUUCACUGACAAUUCAGGAUUGAAAACACAUCUGAGAAUCCACACAGGUGAGAAGCCGUAUACUUGCAAAACAUGCGGGACAUCUUUUAGACACAGUAAUUACUUGAAUCUCCACAUGAGAAGAGCCCACACAGGUGAGAAUCCGUAUCUUUGUAAGACAUGUGGGAAAAGAUUCAAUGACACUUCAGGAUUGAGAACACAUAUGACAGUCCACACAGGGGAGAAGCCGUAUAUUUGCAAAACAUGCGGGACAUCUUUUAGACAGAAUUGCAGCUUGAAAGUCCACAUGAGAAAAGCCCACACUGGUGAGAAGCCGUACCUUUGCAAGACCUGUGGGAAAAGAUUCAAUGACACUUCAGGAUUGAAAACGCAUAUGAGAACCCACACAGGUGAGAAGCCGUAUAUUUGCAAAACAUGCGGGACAUCUUUUAGACAGAAUUGCAGCUUGAAAGUCCACAUGAGAACCCACACAGGUGAGAAGCCGUACCUUUGCAAGAUCUGUGGGAAAAGAUUCAGUGACACUUCAGGAUUGAAAACGCAUAUGAGAACCCACACAGGUGAGAAGCCGUAUAUUUGCAAAACAUGCGGGACAUCUUUUAGACAGAAUUGUAGCUUGAAAGUCCACAUGAGAAUCCACACAGGUGAGAAGCCGUAUAUUUGCAAAACAUGCGGGACAUCUUUUAGACACAGUAAUAACUUGAAUCUCCACAUGAGAAAAGCCCACACUGCUGAGAAGCCGUAGCUUUGCACGAUCUUGUGGACAAUAUAUGCUGAUGUGUCUAAUUUGACACGGCACAAAAGAUCGAAUACAGGCAUGUAGCAUAUUAGCUAAAUAUGUUGGGAGCAUUUGUUGGAAAAGUGUUACUCAAAUCAAUUACUUGAACAAAAAAAUCUGCAAGUAGGGCCCUCUGAAACCCUUUACAUCUUUUUUUUUUUUUUUUUUUUCAUAUUUUCUGUUUUCAUUUUUCUGAAUUGUGUAUGUUAGAUUUAAGCGCAUUUCGUCAUCAGAAAGAGUGUUUAGCAUGUGGUUGAUUAAUAAAAUAAUAAUUCAGUAUCAGUGAA